ACCAGUUUAAAACCAAAUAAUGAGCUUAAUAAAUUCAUUGAAGCAAUUAUAAGUUCUGAUUUGGAGCAGUUGCCCGAAAAUGAGCCACUCCGAAGUUGGCACAUCAAUACUGAUACUAUCCCACCCAUUGUGUUAGAACAUUUUCUAUCUGAGUUCAAACAACUUCGUAUAAUUAAUGAUAAAUAUAGAUUUAUUCUUCCUGAUGAUGCUAAAAUUUGCACAUGUGCUACUCUUUCGAGACAUCUUGGAAAUGAAGAAAAUUGUAAACCAGACAGAACUGUAAGAUUAAAACUUGAAAACAAUCAGUUCAAAAUUCUAUACGUAGAAGGUGCAAACCCAGAAUUGAAAGGAAGAAAGCAUCAAGAAGACGCAGAAAAACUCUAG